ACACUGCGCCAGCUACAAACGGAGGAACAACACAGCUAACGAUGUGUUUCAGGUCGUAUUUAGCUGCAGACAGAAUGAGAUAAGAUGGAGACUGUAACGGCGGAUUCUUCUGCGACUGAGGAGGACGAAUGUUCGGACUCAGAGGUCUUAUGUUUGAUGAGAGUCGGAAAAAAGACAGACUGGCUCCGGUUGUUCGAAAACACUGAGGUCACCAUUGGACGUGGGAUGGAUGUAACCUACCAGCUGCUGUCUCCAAGUUGUCCUCUGAUGAUCUCCAGACUGCACUGUGCUUUCAAACAAAGGGAAGAUGGCCAGUGGACAGUGACAGAUAAGAAGAGCCUCAACGGCGUGUGGGUGAAUGGAAACCGCAUUCCUGCUGAGGAAGCCCAUCAGCUGAGGCUCGGAGACUCUAUACAGCUUGGGGUUCCUGUAAUUGAAACCAAAGUGGAGUUUGACUACAUUCUCAUCCAGCGGCCCUUCAAAGACAUUAAACUCUACCUGGCGAAGGGACAUGGAGAGGAUGCUAAAGCAGCCCAUGUUCCCAAGAAGCCCAAGAGGAAGUUGACCGUGGAAGAUGUUGAGCCAUCUACCUCAAAGCCAAAACUUUACCGCUGCUCUUCUGCAGACAAGUCGUUUGCAAAGUCCUGCCCUCUGCCACCAGUGAAACGCCAGCAGAGGCUCAGUCACAGCCGGCCAGAGGAAACUGGACCCGGCCGACAAGUUCAGGAAGUACACCAGCCCUCAGAUGGCUCCAGCACUCUGUGUGACAUGGACAACUUGCAGAUGUACAGCCAGAACAUUCUGAUGCUGAGGGAGCAGGUGGACGACACCCAGAGGCGGGUAGCCUCGCUGGGGGGAGAGCCCCAGAAGGCUGACCCGCUGAAAGAGGAGCAGGUCAGGGAGCUGCAGGGUCAGCUGGAGACACUUAGAGCCAAGAUGCAUCGGAUGGAGACGUUAGAGAAAUCCUUCAGUGAAAGUAAGAGGCAGCUCGAGGCACAGAAAACACAGCAACAAGAAGAGCUUUUGAAAAAGCAGUUGGUAGACGCCUUGCAAGAGCAAAAGAAAGUAAUAGAUGAACUUGCCCUCUCUCGGCAAGGCUUUGAAGAGAUUCUCUUGGCCAAAAACAAAGAGCUGGAAGUGACAAAGGAGGAGAAAGAAAAGGCGAGGGCCCAAAAAGAAGAGGUGGUUACACAAGUGACAGAAGUCCUGGAGAAUGAGCUUCAGUGCAUCAUCUGCUCCGAGCUCUUCAUUGAGGCAGUCAUCCUGAACUGUGCUCACAGCUUCUGCUGCCACUGCAUCAAGCAGUGGCGCAAAAAGAAAGACGAGUGUCCCAUCUGCCGACAGCCCAUCCAGUCCCAGACCCGCUGUCUGGCCCUGGACAACUGCAUCAACAGCAUGGUGGAAAACCUGAGUCUGGACAUGAAGGCGAGGCGCCAGACACUCAUCACUGAGAGGAAAGCAGCUGACUCCGCUCAGGUGAUGGUGAUCCAUGACGACGACAGCAGCAGGAGCAGCGACAGCGACGGCAGCGUGGUGUCCGUGGACAGCAGCCUCAGCUCUGUGGUCUCUGUGGACACCGACAGUAGCAUCAACUUGGACUCCAGUCCGCCCUACAGCGGCUACUCUGAGGAAAGUUUCGAUGAUCUUGAGGAUUAGCCCUUCUCUCUCGUGGGCUGUAAUAUGAGUUGGACUUUUUGGCGUUUAUAAGAUGGCAUGUAAAGGUCUCAUGAGAUGAAUUCAGCAAAGGCUUAUGUUUUUUUUUGUUUUGUAAAUGUUCAGUUGUCUCAUUGUCUUUAUUUUCAUCAAAAGGAAUAAAGUUUCUUCCUAUGCAUUUUC